CGUCGUUGUCACGAAGGGAACAUGGCUGUAACAUUAACAGAAAAGAGGAAUUCUUAGUGUCAAUGAUUUUGUUCUAAGUUUGAGUUUUAAAUUAAGGUUUUAAGUAUGAGUGCUACAGAAUCGUCUACAGAUGUUUCAAGUGAUAGCGAUAGCACAUUUUAUUUCAAAUCUGGUCCUCGUCGACCAGAAGGAGUGAAGGCAGGAGAUGUUCUUAGUCUCUUACAAGAGAAGAUUGUCAUUCUGUCAGGAGGCAGAGACAAGAGGGGAGGAGCUGUCCUUACCUUCCCUGCUAGAAAUCUCCCUGAGAGAUUAAAAACUGAAGACCUGAGACGACUUUUAACAUACCUUGCAAGUAUACCAGGUGAGGAUACAAAAGAGCUGGGAUUCUCGGUUGUGAUUGACAUGCGUGGUGCAACCUGGAACACUGUCAAACCUAUUCUAAAAGUUUUACAGGAAAGUUUUCCUGCCAAAAUUCAUACAGCAUACAUAAUCAAACCAGAAAACUUCUGGCAGAAACAAAGAACUAGCUUGGGAAGUUCAAAGUAUAAGUUUGAGACAAGCAUGAUAUCACUAGAAACUCUAUCUAAAUAUAUUGACCAGUCACAAUUGACCAGUGACCUAGAUGGUACAUUACCAUAUGAUCACAAUCAGUGGAUUGAACUGAGAUUGAGCUUAGAGAGUUUUGUAUCUAAAACAUUGGAUGUAAUGGAACGAAUGGAUAGGAUCAAAGAUGACCUCUUGAGGAAUGACUUUGCUAGCGAUAUCAGUGGAGCCAAGAGAAUGGUUGAAGAACAUAACAGCAUGAAAAAAGUUGUACAAACUCCAUUGGAAAACAUUGAUUAUGAAGGUCAACAAGUAUUACACAGGCUAAGUUAUGCAACUGGUGGAAGUAGUGGAGGAUCUUGUGAUUCAGGUUAUUCUAGCAGGGAUAGUGCACCUCCCACAAUGGCUGGAAACACGGAUUUUCAAUGUGCAAUUUCCCAUGUUAUGCAGUUAUUGGAUGAUGUCCAUGUCACACAAAGGCAUCUGGGUCAGUUAUGGCAUGUCCGAAAGAACAAACUUGAACAGUGCUAUCAAGUACGAAUGUUUGAACAAGAUGCUCAGAAGAUGUACGACUGGAUCGUUCAUAACCUGGAUCUCUUUCUAGUCAGAUAUGUUGAGAUUGGUCGUUCCUUUCAAGAAGCUAAAGAUAUGCAGGAAGAACAUAAUCAUUUAACCAUGGCAUCAAUGAAUGUCUACACAACCAUCAACCGUAUCCUCACAGCAGCAUCCAGGCUGAUUGACUCGGGCCACUAUGCUAGUAGUGCUAUCCAACAAACUGCAGCUCGUUUGGACAAUGCCUGGAAGCAGUUUGCAGCAGGGUUGGAUGAAAGAACAACUGUAUUGUCUCUGUCUGUAUUGUUUCACCAGAAAGCUGAACAGUAUUUAAACAACGUUCCCUCCUGGACUCAGAAUUGUCAAUUAACUAAUGUUCCAAGAGAAGUUUCAGAGCUAGAAGAACUGAUUCAUCAGCAUCAAAAUUUUUAUGAAGAAAUAUGCCAAGCUUACACAGAAGUUCAUAGCACCAGUAAAAAGUUACUCUACCAGUUGGACCACUUGGUGCAGGUAUGCCAUCAGCCCAAGACUGAAGGAUCAACCCAUAAACAUCAAGUCAGUGAAGGAAAGGUCUUGUUAGCCAACAUGAAUCAUCAUGGUAACAAUCACUAUAGCAACCCAGCUGCUGACUACUCAGAAGGAGCAAAGCAUGUACUGUCUGUGAUUCAUCAGAUUUUAGGGAAUCAUCGGUCACUUGAAUCUAUAUGGCAUGCAAAGAAGAUCAAGCUACAUCAAAGAUUGGCCCUAGGUCUCUUUCAGGAGGACGUGAGACAGGUAGAAGACUGGUUGGAUAAUCAUGGGGAAGUCUUUCUUCAGAAGAACACUGGUGUAGGCAAAAAUCUACAAAGAGCACGAGCCUUACAGAAAAGUCACGAACAUUUUGAAAAUGUUGCUCAGAACACCUACACCAAUGCUGAGAAGCUGCUGGUAGCAGCUGAAGAGCUUGCCCAGACUGGAGAGUGUAAUGCUGAUGAAAUCUAUGGUGUUGCUCAGGAGUUGGAGGCUCAUGUUGCCAGUUUUGCUGCUCGUGUUGAGCAGCGCCACCAACUGCUUCAUCUGGCUGUAAUGUUUUAUACUCAUAACUCAGAGUUAACUAGUUGGUGUGUAGGAAUACGUGAAGAGCUGCAGAGUGAGAAAGUUUCUGAGACAGUGGAAGGUGCUGAGGAAUUGCUUCAGAAAUUUGUGCAACAGAGAGCCUCUACAGAAGAGGCAACAGUUCGAACUAUUAGUGAAGGAGAAGCAUUAUUAAAAGAGCUUAGAAAUAUAGGUAUGACAGCAGAAACAGAUACAUCUGGUUCCUUCACAGCUAUUGGGAACACUCUGGAAACUCUAAAUAGAAACCGUGAAGAACUGGAGGAACUUUGGUCAAGCCGCAAACUUCGCUUGGAGUUAUGUCUACAGUUGAGGCUGUUCGAAAGAGAUGCAUUAGAGGUGUUUGAGACAUCUGGGAUCAGACUUAUGGCUGACAGUCAAUACGAUGCACCUACAAGAGUUCAGGUUUUACUGGAAUACCUCCAUGAGAGGGAGAUGGACCUUGAAGACUUAGCCGAGAUGAAACGAGUAAAGCUAGAACAAUGUGUGCAGUUGUGUCAGUUUGAAAAUGAUGCUAGUCAGGUCCUAUCAUGGAUAAGAAAUGGAGAAUCCAUGCUCAAUGCUAGCUUCCUCUUUCCCACCAGUUUGCAAGAGGCUGAACAACUUCAAGCUGAGCACAAACAGUUUCAGCUGGCAAUUGAGAAAACUCACAGCAGUGCAGUCCAGGUGCAGCAGCGUGCAGAGAUGUUGAUCCAGUCUAACCACUAUGAACCUCGGACCAUUCGAGAAAUCUCGGACCAGGUUGGAAAACGUUGGCAUAUGCUCAUGAGCCAUGCUGAAGAUAGGCAUAAGCUUGCAGUAACAUCUAUAAGUUUCUAUAAAACUGUAGAACAGGUUUGUUCUGUGCUAGAUAGCCUGGACCGGGAAUAUAGAAGAGAUGAGGAUUGGUGUGGAGGAGGUAGUGGGACACCUGGCAGUGAAGAGGGUGACAAAGACAGUCAUGACAGAGUUGCUCUUGUUUGUCAGUACCUGACAAAACACCAGGAACAGAAAGAAGGAUUUCUUCGUGCAUGUACUCAUGCUCGUCGCACUGCUGAAACAUUCCUCAAAUAUGCAGCACGCUGUGCUCAAUAUUACUCAUCUAGUAAUGACACUAACCUAAGAGGACCUGAAAACAAGGUUAAAGGAAUAAUGGAUCAGGUGAUGAAGCAAGAGAAUAGAGUUCUUGAGUUUUGGACUACUAGGAAGAAACGAUUAGAUCAGUGCCAGCAAUACGUGUUGUUUGAAAGAAGUGCUAGACAGGCUCUAGAAUGGAUCCGUGAAACCGGGGAAAGCUAUCUGUCUACCCAUCAUUCACUUGGAGAAACCAAUGAGAAAACAGAAGCCUUGUUAACAGAGCACAAUGAAUUUAAAGGAAAUGCCAAGGAAACUAGAGAGAAGGUGCGGCUUCUUCUUCAACUCGCUGAUAAUCUGGUUGAGCGAGGUCAUGCUCAUGCAAGUGCUAUCAGAGCUUGGGUGUCAGCUGUGGACAACAGGUACAAAGAUUUUAGUGAUCGCAUGGACAAGUAUCGUGCACAACUGGAACAGAAGCUAGGUCUGAAAACUGAGGGAGAAAGUCGGGACUUGUCACUAGACAGACAUAGUGACCCUUCACUUGAAGCUAAGGUAAAGGAAGCAGCUGCUAAAGAAUUGAAUGAAGAAAAAAGAAAGUCAGCAAGAAGAAAGGAGUUUAUUAUGGCUGAACUAUUACAUACAGAAAGAACAUAUGUUAAGGACCUAGACAUGUGUAUUAAAACUUACCUUGCUGAGAUGAGGAAAAGUGAAAACACUGUUCCUCAAGGAAUCUGGGGAAAAGAUCAUGUGUUGUUUGGAAACAUGGAAGCAAUAUAUGAAUUCCACAAUAGUACAUUCCUGAAAGAACUUGAGAAGUACGAAACAAUGCCAGAAGAUGUAGGACAUUGCUUUGUUACCUGGGCUCAGAAAUUUGAGGUGUAUGUAAAAUAUUGUAAGAAUAAGCCAGAGUCUAAUUCUCUGCUUGUUCACCAUGCUGGCAACUUUUUUGAGGAGAUACAACAUCGUCACUGUGUGCCUCACCGCAUUGCAGAUUAUCUUAUCAAACCUGUCCAGCGAAUAACAAAAUAUCAGCUGUUGCUAAAAGAUCUACUUUCCUGUUGUGAAGAAGGACAAGGAGAAAUAAAGGAUGGUUUGGAUGUAAUGCUGAAUGUACCUAAGAAAGCCAAUGAUGCUAUGCACCUCAGUAUGUUGGAUGGUUGUGAUGUUUCUUUGGAUCAGUUGGGUGAGGUAGUACUCCAAGACACCUUUCAAGUUCUUGAAGCCAAGUCCUUGAUCCGCAAAGGUCGAGAGCGUCACAUCUUCCUUUUUGAACUUUAUCUGUUAUUUAGUAAAGAGGCAAAGGAUUCAAGUGGAAAAGCCAAGUACCUCUACAAACAUAAACUUUUGACAUCUGAGAUAGGAAUCACUGAACAUGUGGAAGGUGAUGAAUGUAAGUUUGCUGUAUGGACUGGCAGAGCUCCACUAGCAGAGUACAAAAUUGUACUGAAGGCUGGAUCCCUGGACAUAAAACAAACUUGGGUGAAAAAAUUACGAGAAGUGAUUCAAGAAACAUAUUUUAGCAGUGCUUUAACGGCUUUAAACCUCCCCAAAUCUCCUGUCAAACUGACAUCAAAGUCUAACAGAUCCAGCAGAGACAUGGGUGAUUCUUCUAUGGAUGAAGGUAGUGCUGAUCAACAAGAGCGAGGGUCGGUAGCCUCUUUCGGCUCCAGCAACACAACUGACAGUGAAAAGCGAAUCAUGCGAAAAUUUAGUCUCCAGUGGCUUAAAGGAUCGUCUUAUAGUCCAGCAGACAGUGCUCAGGAUAGGAAAUCCUUUUCACAGUAUGGUCGUGAACGCCAUGAUUCAACUCCGGUUUUGGAGAAUUCCUCACUUUGUGGGUAUCACACCGCCUCCACAGAUCGUUACCCGACUUACCACGGAGAACGUUCUUAUACCCAGUACCUUUCCACCACCCCUGGUGGUGGUAUCAUUCUGCUAAAGAAGUCCGACAGGCCGAACAAAUCCAAGUCCGAAGGGGGCUUUAUGGGAAAUAAUAAGGGUUCUGGAGAAAUCACAUGGGUAGUAGAAGGACAUGUAGCACCUUCUGGUUCUCAGGAGCUUAGUGUCCGAUCUGGCCAACAAGUGGAGCUGCUAGAUACUGCAGCCUCGGGUCCCGAAUGGUGUAUGGUGCGCUUGCAGUCUCCUGGCGGCGAGGGCAGUGGUUCUCCUCAAGAAGGUCUUGUUCCUUCUUCGUGUCUAAAGCCUACUCCAAGCAUGCGCAAUUCUACCAACACCGUCAAUACCGACAACCAAGAUGUUCCGGUAGUUAGUGAAGCCUCGCCUUCAACUGCUAAUCCUCCGUUUCUCCUACCUUCAAGCACCGUUUCUCCUGCAAAUAAACGUCGAGGACCGUUUCGGAAAUGGUUAUCAAAUCCUGUUAGAAAACUUAGUCAUGGGCGGGUAGACAGAGCUGCCAGCGAAACAGCAAAGCCAACCACCAAGAAAUCUUCUGUUCCACACCACUGGAAGUUGUUGAGUGGUAAGGAAGAAAUAGGAAACAAACCAUAUACUUCUUUGACUCAUAUGGAAAACCAAUCAGAUGAACGUAGAGUGCAGAAACCAUCUCCCAUAGAAUCUCACCUAACUCAGGGAUUUAAGUCCCUUGAUUUAAAUGGUGGUGCCUCCACAGAGGAAGAAGUCUGUGAUGUGGAACUUCCACCUCCUAUGAAGAUUCAAGAUCACACUUUCACCCCUGUACCUCCUCCUCUUUCUUGUGAGGGGGAUACAGUGAAAACACGUUCAAACCUUUCACUUCAAACUACUGAUGGUUCAAGCUCAGCAGACCUGGCAUCAGAAAUUGAACAAAUAGUUAAGGAAAGAAUGGAACAUCACAUCGAGAAUGCUUCAGAUUCUUCAGAAGUAGUAGAGUCUAGGACACCAGAUGUUAUGUCUCUCCUGCCCCCAGCACUGAAUGAAAGGUCUCAACUGAAUAGUUCUUCACAGGCUUAUCACAAAGAAACAUCUACACCAAUCCUUGUGCCCAAAGAAGACCUCUGUAUUGCAGAGAGUGAUUCUCCAACUGAGGAUGAUAAAGAAAAGUCUCUGCAAAAAAGAAGGUAUGUGAUCCAGGAGCUCAUUGAUACAGAAGAAGACUAUGUGAAAGAUCUAAGAAGCAUUGUAGAGGGUUACAUAGUACUUAUGAAGUCUGGUGAAGUAUCAGUACCAGAUGACCUGAAGAAUGGAAAGGACAAAAUAGUUUUUGGAAACAUUGAAGCUAUCUAUGAAUGGCACAGAAACACAUUUCAUGGGGAGUUACAGAAAUGUGCCACAGAACCAGGAAGACUUGGUCCAUUAUUUCGUCGGUAUGAGAGAAGGUUGCACAUGUAUGUUGUCUACUGCCAGAAUAAACCCAAGUCUGAGUAUAUUGUCUCAGAGUACAUUGAUACUUACUUUGAGGAAUUACGACAGAAGCUUGGUCACAAGCUCCAACUGCCUGAUCUAUUAAUAAAACCUGUCCAGAGGGUGAUGAAGUAUCAACUUAUGCUGAAGGACAUUUUGAAAUACACAGAAAAGGCUGGUCUUCAGAAAGAGGCAGAAGAGUUAAAAAAGGCCGUCCAUAUUAUGCAUGUGGUACCUAAAGCUGCUAAUGAUAUGAUGAAUGUGGGACGCUUACAGGGCUUUGAUGGUAAAAUCACAGCACAGGGGAAGCUGUUACUUCAAGGUAGUCUCCUUGUGGUAGAACCAGCAUCAGGAGGAAAGAUAAAGGAAAGGCAAGUUUUCCUUUUUGAACAGAUCAUCAUCUUCAGUGAAUCUGUGGGUCAGAAAACACAGUUUUCAAAUCCUGUAUAUAUCUACAAGAAUCACCUACAGGUCAACAAAAUGUCUCUAGAGGAACAUGUUGAAGACCCCCUGAAAUUUGUUCUCAAAUCCAAAGACCCUAACCAACAGGGUUUGUGCUUUGUUAUCCAAGGAUCAUCACAGGAAGAUCGAGAUGAAUGGGUAUUUAACAUCAAAGCAAUCCUCGACACACAGUUAGACUUCUUGAGAGCCUUACAGUCACCUAUAGCUUAUCAUAAAGAACUUGCUAAAGAUGUCUCAUCGCCAGAAUUGGGAUCAUUGUGGAACCCAACCUUAAGAAAGACUUUUUCCCACCCUCCAACUACUCACAAAGGCUCAGAGGGAGCUGGUACGAAGCCUUUGUGUCUUCCUGGACGUGAUAAGAAGAGCAGGUCUAGUGAUUGUGCAGUCACAAUAAUUGGAGCAACAAAUGAAGAAAGUCCAGAAAGUGUUUUAGUUGCUCCAACUUCUACCUCUCCUCCAAGCUCAGCAGUUUUUGGAGAAGGGAAACAAGGCCCAGUAUGGCUAGAAGGCCAGCGUAAGCAUUCAUUCCCAUUGGAGAACACCCCACAACACACCCCUCCAAAGGGUAAACGUAAUUUUUUUGAAGGUUUUCGCAACACGCUAUGUUCCAAAUCAAAAUCAGACUUGAUGGCUAAUAGUGCUAUGGCUAGUUCACUGUGCACAAGCCAAAGCUUGGAUUCAGGCACAGCCAGCCAUACUAGUGACCCCAGGACAGAACUAGAAUCUAAAAAAGACAGUGGAGUAAUUAGGAGGUGGUCUGAAAUUUCCUCUCCAAACAUGGUCAGACCUAGUUUAGUGACAGAGUUCACUGACUCUUCUGUCCCACACAAGUAGUCCUGUACCUUUUCUUCAUAGGACUUGUAUUAGGGUCAUCCUACUGUAUUUUAAUUCUGAUUUCUUCAGACCAGUCUUUACAUUGGAUGAUUACUGUGUCUUUGCUCCAGUUACAAGUCAAGGGAUUAUCUUCUUAUCUCAGUUUCCUUAUGUUUGAAAUUAGCAGGAAAAAAAAUUGAUGGAAGCUGGUUUCCCUUGCUUGUUCUUACCAAGUGAAUGUAAAUACUAAAACCCGGCAAACUGCUGAGGGUAUGAUUUAAUGACUGAAAGCUAUGCAUCAGACUGUAAGCAGGUUACAUUGUACAAAUGUAUAUAAGUGAGUGUGUGCAUCCAUACUUUGAAGCUCUGUAGGUUUGUGUUUAUAAAAUGUUUAAUAAUAAAUAAUGCUUCAUUCCCGUAGU